CCUCCACCAGAGCGCGGCUCUGCGCGGCCGCGUCGCGGGGGUUUGGAGCGUCUGUCCCGGGAUGCGGGUGCCGGAGAGCGCCGCUGUUUCCGCCUGGAUGAGGCUGAGGCUCGCAGCGGGAAUCUGAGCGCGGUCGAGCGGGGGCUGAGUCGGGAGUUGGACCGGCAGCUUCCACCGGGGGUCGGUGGGGGUGACGUCUCUCUGGUCGGAUUGUUUUACUUGUAGGAUUCAGACUCUUUUCCUCCUUCCCUCCAUCCAUCCAUCCAUCCUUCAUCCCUCUCCUGCGGACGUCAGUGGAACCUGUCAAAUCUGCGCGGCUAAUCCCGGCUAAUCCCAUUAUGCACAUUAGCUCCUCGGCGUGUCUUUGUCAAUGACGGCCAGGAUGGAGACUCCCUUCUACCAUGACGACUCCCCCGCCGCGCCGGGGUUCGGCCACGCCCCCGACUACGAGCGCUACCCGGGCAACAAGAUGCUGAUGGGUAAGAAGGCCGUGCCGGGCGGGCAUCCGUUCCCCGGCGGAGGGGGAACUGCACCUGGGGGGCGGUCGGGGAACCACCUGGCGCCCGCCGGCGUGACGUCAUCGUCCUCAACCGAGAUGCUGAAGUUGCCCCCCACCGAUAUGGAGCACCUGAUUUUCCAGUCCGGUCAGGGAUUGGUCAACGCCGGGAACCCUUUCCUCUACCGCGGGCAGGCGACCAACGAGCAGGAGGGGUUUGCCGACGGCUUCGUGAAGGCGCUGGCGGACCUGCACAAGCAGAACCAGCUGGUGGGGGGGGGCCCCAUGUCGCCGUCGGGGGGCGGGACCUACCAAAGGAACCUGAUCUCCGGUGGGGAUGUGCCCGUGUACACCAACCUCGGUAGCUACCAGGAACCGUACUCCGGAGGACCGGUGGGCUUCGGUGUGGGGGUCAACCGGGGCCCGGACGCCCCUCAAACCGUUCCCGAGGCGCCGCACCACCCGGGCGACCGGCCGGCUUCCCCGGCCGACCCGGACGAGGCGCAGGAGCGGGUCAAGGCCGAGCGCAAGAAGCUGCGCAACCGCAUCGCCGCGUCCAAGUGCCGGCGGCGGAAGCUGGAGCGCAUCGCGCGGCUGGAGGAGAAGGUGCGCGCCCUGAAGGGGCGGAACGGCGAGCUGGCGGCCACCGCCGCCGCGCUGCGCGAGCAGGUGGGGCAGCUCAAGCGGAGGGUGAUGGGUCACGUGAGCGGCGGAUGUCGGAUCUCGCCGGCGGCUAAGUCCCGCGGGGAAGGCGCCGCCUCGACCGGCGCGGAGUCCAUCGGUUGAGGCGUUCGUAGCUAGCGCUCGCGGGAGGCGGAGCUUGGAAGACAGAGGACACAAUUGGACAUUGGACGUUUUUGAAAAAGUGAGCGGGGCUAGCCCUGUGACAUUUUCGCCGGGACAGAAUUCCAAGGUGCCGCUAGGGGUUUGUUUUGGUGCGUCAGAGCAGCUACUUUACGAAGAAAAACAGCUUUGUAACUUUCACCGCUGGGUUUUUAGCGGUUAUGCAAAUAUCGUUCGCUUCUGGAAUGCGGAAGCUAAUUUUAAGAUAAUUUUAAUUUUUGAUUUAUUACUAUUUUAUUACUUUACUACAAAAGUCCCCAAUUGAAAAGAGCCCGAGGGUCAUUAGGCUAACUGCGGCUAAAUGAAUUAGCAUGAAUUGAAUUGGGCUCAUUGUUUUAGGGUAGAGUUUAAUUUGAGCACAUAUGUGUGUGUAUAUAUGUAUAUAUGUAUGUAUGUAUGUAUGUAUGUGUGUGUGUGUGUGUGUGUGUGUGUGUGUGUGUGUGUGUGUGUGUGUGUGUGUGUGUGUGUGUGUGUGUGUGUGUGUAUGUAUGUAUGUAUGUAUGUAUGUAUGUAUGUAUGUAUGUAUGUAUGUAUGUAUGUAUGUAUGUAUGUAUGUAUGUAUGUAUGUAUGUAUGUAUGUAUACUACUACUGCUACUACUACUGCUUGAGGCGUUCGUAGCUAGCGCUCGCGGGAGGCGGAGCUUGGAAGACAGAGCCACAAUUGGACAUUUUUUUAAAGUGGGCGGGGCUAAUCCUGUGACGUCAUCGCCGGGUCAGAAUUCCAAGGAGCCGCUAAGCGUUUGUUUUGGUGCGUCAGAGCAGCUACUUUACGAAGAAAAAAAAGCUUUGUAACUUUCACCGCUGGGUUUAUAGCGGUUAUGCAAAUAUCGUUUGUGUCAUUUUUAUUUAAAAAAAAGAAGGAAAGUCGUUACUUUUCGUACAUUUGACAAGAAGUGGCGGUUUUGAUGUUGUUUAAUGUUUACGAUGUGCUAGACCGUUAUGAAUUUAUGAAUUUGAUCUAUCUAUCUAUCUAUCUAUCUGUCUGUCUGUCUGUCUGUCUGUCUGUCUGUCUGUCUGUCUGUCUGUCUGUCUGUCUUUCUAUCUAUCUAUCUAUCUAUCUAUCUAUCUAUCUAUCUAUCUAUCUAUCUAUCUAUCUAUCUAUCUAUCUAUCUAUCUAUCUAUCUAUCUAUCUAUCUAUCUAUCUAUCUAUCUAUCUAUCUAUCUAUCUAUCUAUCUAUCUAUCUAUCUAUCUAUCUAUCUAUCUAUCUAUCCAUCCAUCCAUCCAUCCAUCCAUCCAUCAUUUAGACGGAUUGUUAUCACCAAUUUAUUUAUUUACGCUUAUUUGAACCACAUGAUGGGAUUCAAUCGGACACCCCUCCCCCACUCCGUCUCUUUUUUCCCCCGUGAUACUCUUUCUCUUUUUUUGAACUCAGAGGUGAAAAAAAACUAUUUCUUUAAAUAAUUUAUAAGCUUAGUGUUUGUUUUUGUUUUUUUAUUCAAAUCGGAAAAACGGACAAUCGGUUAUUUUACGACGACACAUUUUAUACGGACUAAAAAAAAAACAUUGCCGUCGUCUGAUAUCUGUCGUAGCAUUUACCAUUUAUACCGUAGCUUAGUAGCUACCGUUAUGUCUCGUAUCGACUGUUAUCGUGUCAUUUGGUUUCAAGAGUCAAUCAAGAGUUUGAAAAAAGUUAAUAGCGAUAGCCGUGUCUUUGAAGUACUUUCUCAAAUAUCGCUUCUGGAAUGCGGAAGCUAAUUUUAAGAUAAUUUAAAUUUUUACUUUAUUACUAUUUUAUUACUUUACGACAAAAGUCCCCAAUUGAAAAGAGCCCGAGGGUCAUUAGGCUAACUGCGGCUAAAUGAACUAGCAUGAAUUGAAUUGGGCUCAUUGUUUUAGGGUAGAGUUUAAUUUGAACAAACUACUUUUUAAAAGUACCACUUACCUA